AUGCCCAAUGUCCGACACCCGAUACCCGACACACAACACCCGAUACCUGAUACACAAAACCCAAUACCCGAUACCCAACACCCAAUACCCGAAACCCAACAACUGAUACCUGACACCAACACCCAUUGCCCGGUGUCCGACACCAAACACCCGAUACCCGACAUUACCCUAUACCCGAUACCCAACAUCCAAUACCCGAUACCUGACACCCAACAUCAGAUAACUGACACUCACUACCCGAUAUCUGACAACCAUUACCCGAUACCCGACACCCCACCCGAUACCCGAUACCCGACACCCGAAACCCAAUAUCCGACACCCGGAACCCAACACCCAAUGCCCAAUGACCGACACCCGUCACCCAAUACCUGA